AUGUUGUCCCAGGGGCCAGCGAGGCUUUGGUCUGCUGUUGUUGUGCUGUAUAAAGUCGAGUCUCUCCAGCGCGCCCUCCCCGCCGCUGCCGCCGCCGCCGCCGCCGCCGCCGCCGCCAUGUCGCCGCUCGCCCGCUCGCUGCUCGCGCUCGCCGCGCUGCUCGCCGCCGCCGACGCACAAGACUCUCGUAAAUGCGUCACGAAGCUUAUUGGUCAUAAAACUAAUCAUCGUAUUGUAUUGCCUCCGACUUAUGUACGAUACCCGAGGGAUACAAUAAACACUGUGCCAGUGUGCCCGCCUUCAUUGAGAGAGGUUGGCGAAGAGAUAACUGUAUGCACCAACAAAAUAAACGUCAAUGAUCCGCGUUUCAACGACGAAACAGAUUUGCGCACAUCGUGGGAAGUGGAAUGUCCAGACCCCACUGGAUGUACAGCUUAUGUCACCGAGUACUGUGGUUAAUUACAGACAGGCACCAUUAAAUUUCACUACUGAAUUAAAUGUGUGUUUUAAUCCCAUUAUAAAUGUAAUGGGCACUAGUUUUGAAUUGCUGUGAGCUCUCAUUAAGCAGUUUUGUUUAUUUGAUUUGAUGGAUAUUUUAUUUAAUCAUGUGUAUUUAAAUAAAGAUUUAUUUUCA